GUUAAAUAUUCAGAGACAUGUGGGUGGAUUUUCAAAUCUUUCAGGACAGAUUUACUAGUGUGUAUCUCUCGUUCCCCGCAGCAGUCAAUUUCUGCAAUGUAACAAUCCACAGUCUGGCUCACAAGCAGCUCUAGGAUCUGAAUAUUUGAUCUAUCACCUCUCGACAUCUGAGAUGUCUUUGGCUUUUUGAAGUCUGAUUUGAUUUAAGGGAGUGAAGCAGUGUGAUUGGUCGGGCCGAAGCUCUGCGUUGUGCUAGGGCACAUAACACAGUGCGUCUGCACUCAGAUAGGAACAGAACAGAACAGAAGAGUCCGAAACAGACAGACAGAGAGGAGUAGAGGCAAGCGGCGACUACAGCCUAAAGGCAUCAGUGCGGAGGCAGCCCCGCACAAACUCAGCAAGGUCGGCAUAAAGUUAUCUGCUCAUCGGUCACCUACCUGCAGCCGCUCCAGAGCAGCACGGAACUCAACAGGAACAGGCUUGGAACUUGCCGAAAGCAAAAAAUAACCAACGCAAACUCUUUCUUUACUGCCUGAAGAGCUGUUAUUUCCAGAUUCGUGCGCAGUUUUGUUUGAAGUAGAGGAUGGGCAGGUUUGGAGCGCUGGUGCUUGCGUGUGUCGGGUGGACCUGUUUAACGGCGGCAUUCCCGGACCUGCUCAAGGAUCACAUCCGCGGGCUGCGGGGAAUUUCUGGCUCGGCUGAGAAUUCGACAGAGUCCUCCCGGAAGGAGAGCCCCUCCAUCCCCAAAGCUCCAGAGCAGCCCCAGGACACCAUGUCGGAGCACAUGCUGAUGCUUUAUGACAAGUAUAAUAAAGCUGGCUACCUGUUUAAGGAUGGCAACACGGUCCGCAGUUUCAAAGCUAAUCUGGGAUGGAUUGGAGGCAAACAGCUGCAGAUUUUUAACCUGACCUCGUUGGCAAAAUCAGAAGACAUUUUGUCUGCCACUUUACAUUAUUAUGUAGGUGACCUUGCGAACAAUACUCGGAUGUGUCCUUACUUAAAUGGCUGCAGUGUUCGUUUUCAUAGAAAACAAGUCAACAUUGAUCUAUCCAUCUGGGUUUUUGGCAAUAAUACCAGAAUUCUGGGCCGUUAUGUGAUAAGUACAUCGACUUUUUAUCGAGACUUCCUCUUUUGGCAGUGGAAAGACAUCACACGAGCAGUAAACAAUGUCAAGUCAAAUGAUAAUCUAUUGAUUGGAAUUGAGAUCACAUCAUCUGGUCCAACCAUUUGGACGCAGUUGCUUUCAAAGCUUCCGCCUUAUAUAUUGGUGUACGCGAAUGAUUCUGCAAUUUCAGAACCGGAUAGUGUGACAAGAACCCUUCAGAGAAGGCGGGGAUCCAUCGUUACCAAAAUGCAGAGUUUCGGAAUCAGCACGGCAAAUAGGACAUUUGAACUGAGGAGGAAACGGUCCACUAACUUACUCAUGCCCUUGCAUAACAACGAGUUACCCGGAGCAGAGUAUCAAUACAAUGAGGCUGAUGCAUGGGAGACAAGGAAGCCUUAUAAAAAGCUGCUUCCUCGGCCAACAGACCAGCAGAGGAAGGGGAAACAGAGGAAGGGCAACAGGCAGAAAUCGCAAACUCUACAGUUCGAUAAACAAACAUUGAGGAAAGCAAGACGGAGACAGUGGAAUGAGCCCAGAAACUGUGCCCGCCGUUACUUGAAAGUGGAUUUUGCAGACAUUGGAUGGAGUGAGUGGAUAAUCUCUCCCAAGUCUUUUGACGCCUACUAUUGUGCAGGUGGUUGCCAAUUCCCCAUGCUAAAGUCAUUGAAACCAUCCAACCAUGCCACGAUUCAGAGUAUAGUGAGAGCAGUAGGUGUGGUUCCAGGGAUACCAGAACCAUGCUGCGUACCCGAGAAGAUGUCAUCGCUAAGCAUCUUAUUUGUUGAUGAAAACAAAAAUAUUGUGCUGAAGGUCUACCCGAACAUGACAGUGGAAUCAUGUGCUUGCAGAUAACUCCAAGGGGUGGGUGGACUUUGAUUUUUGGGUAUGCACUGCAGGUAUUUUUAUUUCUUUCUUUUUCAUUUUAAAUGAAAGAAGGAAGUCUUCCAAUUAAUGAGAACCAGCAGUGUCUUUGGAUGAAAGGAUCUGAAAGAUGAUUUAUCUUGUUCUAGAUAAACCCAAACACCUGCAUUAAAGAAGCAACCUUCUGAAGCAACAGCACAUGGAGAUGCCAGAGUCCUUGUGUCUAGAAUUCAGGAUUGAGAAUGGAGCUCCAUUUACUGUAGGUUUCUUUUAAGCUUUUAAAGACAAAUUGAUAGAAAUUGCCAUUGCACUUCAACAGAUACUCUUUACAGCUGAAUUAUGGUUAAUUUCACUUCUUCCACCCACCAGCUCCCACUGUCCCCCACCCCUUGCUUCCAAUUUCAGUCUGUAAUGAACAUUUUGAUUUAACCUUUUUAUUUUAUUGCAGUACCCUGUACUAUUAAAUAAUUAAGUAAUUUGAAAUGUAACAGUUAUGUGAAUCAAUGCAAAUAUAUUAUUUGAAAAUCAAUCAAUUUAUCUUUUUAAACACCUUACAAUAGUUCACAUGUUUUUAUGUGUAAUGUAUUAUUUAAUAUUAAUUGUCCACACUUUGUAAUGCAUAUUUUGGAAGAUAUGGUAUGAUAUUCAACCAGAUUUUCACCAGGCAGGCAAGGUAAAUUAGUGCUCAAAGCAACAGGCUGGUUGCAGGAUGUUUUCUGGAGCUUUUCUGGAGAAUGUACCUGCCAGGUAUAGUUGUAGCACAUCACGAAACACCUAUAAUUAUCAGAACUGCAAUGAUCCGGUCAUACCUGUUCCACUUACAAACGGACAAACAAAGCAGGAACAAUGUUACUGGUUACUUUGUUAGUUCCAUUAACUACAUUGGAUUUAAUAUGUGUAGUGUCAGUAAAGAAGAUGCAACAUUUCUCACGCCAUUUGAAAUGCCCCUCCUAAUGUUAAUCAAAAAGAAGGGAGGGAUUGUAAUACCACAGCAGCUACAAGACCUGGCAUCGGGUUUAGUUCAUAAACUGGUCCCUUCAAUACAAAGCUGCAGUAACAUAGUUGCUAUAAUUGCCUUGGUGGUUACUGAAUUGUCAAAAUUGUUAGAUAUUUGUUAGUUUGGUUGGAUGUUCUAUUACUAUUGAUUAUGGCAUUAAUGUUGUGUUAACCAAGCUAAUGCAUUAUCUGCUUCACUGGAAGGUGACUGUCAGUUCCUGUGCUCCUUUUAAACUCAACAACAUCCCAGUUCUUCUGCUCUCUUUAAAGUUACAGAUUUUUCUGGGAGGUGUUAUAGAUUCUGCUUUAUAGCUCUUUAAAAACAAUUACAAGUAUGUUGGACCAUGAGUUAGAAUAACAUCAAAAAGCCCAGAAAAUCUGCCAGUUUGACCUCGCCAAUGUUCCAAGUAUAUUGGUUUUAGAGAGUUUAACUGAAAAUCUUUUAUAAUCAGUCGUACUCCAGACUAAACAUACAGACAUAGGAUUACUAUGACAAACUAUAUCCUUUAUUAAUUAUGCCUAUCAUAUGCUGCAACUUUGUCUGUUUUUGGACAGCUUUAAUUCAAUAAUAUCCAUUUUGAUGUAAGGAAGUAAUUGGAUAAAAACUAAAGGACAUAUUUAUUUCACCAUUAAAUUUAAAUUGAAUAUGCUGGAGAAUUAAAUGUGGCUUUAAUUUAGCCACUGGUGAAACGUCUAAGUAUUUCAAAUCCGAAGUGAAGCAGUGAAGUUGGCUGCAGAUUGCCUUAAAGAUGG